AUGGACGAUGCUCAUGUCAAAUUGCCCGAUGGACACCUGGUGAAUCUCUCACCACGAUCUAUACGCCUAGGUGCGUACAAAGCGUAUCGAGUUGAAUACAACCCCUCGAAAGAGCUCUCGGCAACACCUCCACCUCGAUAUCCGCAAGAAAAAAGAUCACCAGAAUAUGCCAUCGCAGGAGGCACACCGGCAAAUAUAUCUCAACUGCCAAAAGCUACCAAGCUGCCUAUUCCGAGGAGUUUCACUGAGAGGCUUAACGAUAAUUCGAGUCAAACGCCUAGUCCGACUGCACUUCCUAAACUGACCCCAUCCAGCCGCUCCCUGGGACGGCUCGGUGAUCAGUCUAAAACAUUGGACAAAGGUCAUGAUCAAUACUGGAGAAAAAUCCGGGAUAAAUUGGAGGAUUCGCCGUUGUUAGCAAGACGUGCCAGGAGCAAGGGCAGUGACAUUAGCCAAUCUCCUAACUCGCGCAUCUCCUAUCACCGCAGCAGACUCCCGGCAAGCACUAGCCAAGAUCAAACAAGCUCCCGGGCAGGUAGUGCACCAUCAGGCAUUCCGGGUCCAAACACUGUCAAUACCGGUCCCGCACAGGGGUCGAGGAACGAUGCCCCCACUACCCUUCCUGUGGACGGCCAAAAUAAAUGGCGGAAGGAAGACGACCAAUGGGUCAUCUUGGAUGCCACCGAAACAUCACCCCAUAAAUCUGUGAGAACAGACGCAACGAGCAAUUCCAGCCUUCGAUCUCAUCCUUCCGUUUCGCCAGUAUCCGCCGAGGACAGUUCUAUCACCGACUGGGAAGACCGAUUCGUUGUGAAUAUGCCAACUGCAAAAGAUCCCAAUCCCCCAACGAUGACGGCGCAACAAAUUGCCGAGUAUCAAAGAAGCAUUGAAAGAGUACACCGGGACGGUGGCCAAAUGGCAGACCCGAACACAGUGCCUAGUCGUAACGUGUCUCCUGAGAUCAGAUUCAACCCUAGCGAACAAAGAAUCCAGAGCCCAAGGGAAAUAACCACAUAUGAUGGGGCAUACGAGAGGCGUCAAGUGCCGAUCUUGUCGCAGGAGGAACAUUACUCCUCGCCGCAGCCUCAGCAAAAUUCUCAGCCGGAGCAACUUUCACAGCCUCAACCCCAGCAACCCCAGCCCUUGACUGCAUCGCAACGCCAAGUAGCUAACCACUACUACAGCCCUGAUGAGAUCGGGUAUAAUCGAAUUAGCACAAUUUGGGAAGAAUCGCCCACAAAGCUCAAGGAUAAGCGACACCCCCAAAACGCCGACGGGUCUUUUUUAGGGUGCCGGGAAAUAUCCGGGGAGAAGAAUCCAGACGAAAUCCUCAGGUUCGCUUCCCUAGACGAUGCGAGUCUGCAUCCACUCCCAUUGGCCCUGGGUUCCAAGAAGAAGCAAAAGGCGUCGAAGGAAGUGAAGAUAGCAACAGACCGAGAAACCACCAACAGAGUCGAGGAGACCGUGAUCUCUCAAGAAGACCGACUACAAACUUCUCAGAAUUCGAGACCUGCCCAAUGCUCGAAGCCGUCAGCCAUGUACCAGGAUCGGAGUUUCUCCCAGAACCCGUCCCCAAUCCCGCGGACGAGGUCACAGGACUCGAGCAAGGAGAAUUACCAUCCUACCAGCAAUACACCCGAGCGAUCCGGAAGUCUAGAAGAAAGUCGGGGAGACGACGAUGUGUUCAUUAUCACACCCACUAUCACACGCACUAUGAUUCCCACGCCCGACAAGAAAGCAUCUUCGCCAAAGCCGCAAGGGUUGCGUCGUCCUGGUGGCACAAACACAGUCACCGCCGAGGCUAUCAAAGCCGUUCGGGCAAAGGCCCAGAUGGUCUCUACACCGUCGGGGUUGCGGCCCGGGGGACCCAAAAUGGAUAUCAAGCCAACAGGGCGUACCUUGACAACUUCCCAAACGUUGCCACUCAGCAGCACAUCCGCCACACUGAAAAGCCAAGACGACGAGAGUCGAAACCAAGAUCAUCCGCAAGAUCGCAAUCCGGAACGAGCAGCAGGUACAACGUCGAAUACUAUCCGUGGCUUCAUCCGUACCACCGGGCGGGCAAAACCUUCCGGGCUGGCUAGAUCAUCUACAGAUAGCCUUGCUACAAUCCUGCGCAACAGGACCGAGUCCCUCCGUACACGCGCCGAGUCUCUGCGGAAUGGUUCGGGGUCGCCCCAGCGUGCGAACCAGAAGCAAUCGCCAAGUCCUCAGCCGAUUCUUCCGUCCAGGGACAAUUCGGAAUCAUCACGAUCGGAACGGUCAUUUCAGUCCAAAGAAACCCCAACCGCCACGCCAAACAGGCCCCCUUCGCCAAACAGGCCCGCUUCGCCGCCCAAAACUGCUUUGACGGAAAACAAACCCGACGAACCUUCAGCACGACCGACUGCACCAAGCAAACCAGUUAAGAAAAAGGUGACCUUAUCGGAGGGAUCCCCUUCGUCAACGAAACCCGACAAGCCUCCUACAUCAACCAAAAAGAUCUCCGCACUAGCAAAGCCGUCUAAGUUGGAUAAAAUCCCCAAGCCUACAAAAACAGCCGCGUCUGAAAAGCCUCCUCCCCCGAAGACGAAGACCCCUGAUACUUCACCAAAAAAGGAAGUGCAGGUGAAGUCCCUGCCUCGUCUCCAGACCUCCGGUAAAGUUUUGGAAAUCGCGGAGCUCGAUGGCCUUCAGGUUUCGAGUCCCAAGGAGUCUCUUCAAUCCAACAUUACAGACUUCUCUACCGAUAUAGGCGACAUGCACUCCGAAGACAAGGAUAACUCCGAGGGCCAAGGACUCAACCCUUUGGCCCUUUCACUUAUUUUCAAUAUUCUUGUCGUUGCCGUCACCCAAGUGAACAAAGCUGUGCGAAUGGGCACUGACAACCCUUACGUCAAAUGUGUGGCCAAUAACACCCUGAACAUGACCAGUCACUGUUGGCAUGUCUCCAAAUGCAUAUAUACCGUGGUGUCUCGCUACCGGGCCACAGGCACCUGGCCCAAGCCUCGCAGUGACCAGGCUAUCAGUCGGUUCAUGGUGGAGCUUCUUCAAGCCAUUGUGUAUCUCUUGGUUCUUGGGUUUGCGGCUAUGCUAAUAGCCCGUACUAUUGGCUACGUUGUUCUCGUGAGCAGCUGGAUUGCAUGGUUUGUUCGACCGUUUGCAUGGGCCUUCCAGUGUGUUGGUCGUGCCCUGAUAAUGUAA